UCCUUGCGCAAACGCCUAGAAACAUCGAUAGAUAAAGAUACGUCCGUCGUUGCCCAAAUUGCGGCUUCCGACCAAAACACCGUAGAUUCACCCAACAGUAAAAAAAUGGCACAUAUAAAUUGGAAAUAAGAGCACUGGACACGCACAAUCGAGCAACAAACACAUCGCGGUGGUAGUACCUGUUGGACUUCAGAAAAGUCCACCAGGAAGGACCACCCACUCUCUUUGAUUGCAAUACACUCAGACCCUAUUGGUGUUCACGUUUCUCUUUCUUUCUCUCUCUUAUUUUCUGGCCUCUGAACUGAGAUAGAUUUUGAACUAAUUGUGGAAAAAUACUAAUACCCUUGAAGAGAAACAGACUUAGGUAAUGGGGAAUUGCUUGGGAUUUAAGCCUAAUGAUUCUAACCCUAGCAUCAGUUGUCCUAGCACCAUCACUAAACCUUCCUCUCUAGGUACACCUAACAGUUACAGUAAUGAUGACGAAUAUUCGUUGACAAGCAGCAGCCUCGGCCGAAGCCGGUUUUCCGCUGCAGCAAGUGAGGGGACUAGUUGUAAUGGAGAAAUAUUACCAACACCUAACUUGAAGAUAUAUAGCUUUGCGGAUUUGAAGAGUGCCACUAGGAAUUUUAAGUCUGAUACUGUGUUGGGUGUGGGAGGUUUUGGGACAGUAUAUAAAGGAUGGGUUGAUGAGAAGACGCAUGCGCCUUCUAAGUUUGGUACCGGAAUGAUUGUUGCUAUCAAGAAAUUGAACUCCGAGAGUGUGCAAGGCUUUGAAGAAUGGCAGUCGGAAGUGAAUUUUUUAGGACGAUUUUCUCAUCCUAACUUGGUCAAGCUGUUAGGAUACUGUUGGGAGGAAAAAGAACUCCUACUGGUGUACGAAUUUAUGCAGAAAGGAAGCUUGGAAAACCAUCUGUUCAGAAGGAUUUCUGCCAUUGAACCAUUGUCUUGGGAUUCACGGCUCAAAAUAGCCAUAGGGGCAGCACGUGGCCUUGCUUUCUUGCACACUUCAGAGAAGAAAGUCAUUUACAGAGACUUUAAGGCCUCUAAUAUACUCCUUGAUGGGAAUUACAAUGCAAAAAUAUCAGAUUUUGGAUUGGCAAAAUUGGGCCCCUCAGGUGGAGACUCACAUGUGACAACCCGAAUUAUGGGCACAUAUGGUUAUGCUGCUCCUGAAUAUGUUGCAACAGGUCAUCUCUAUGUGAAGAGCGACGUGUAUGGCUUUGGUGUUGUGAUGCUCGAGAUGUUGACAGGUUUACGGGCACUUGAUACCAAUCGCCCUAGUGGGCAGCAUAAUUUGGUUGAUUGGGCAAAGCCGUUCCUCUCUCAUAAAAGGAAGUUGAAGUCCAUUAUGGAUGUGCGGAUGGAAGGCCAAUAUUCUUCUAAGGCAGCGUUACAGUCUGCUCACGUUACUAUAAGAUGCUUGGAACAGGAACCUAAAAAGCGUCCCUCGAUGCAGGAAGUUGUGAAGGUGUUGGAACAGAUAGAAGCUAUGGAUGAAAAGCCAAAAAGAAUUACAUAGCUGUUCCAUGCAGUCUGCAGCUCAUUGCCACUGCCCUAGUCAUCAUCAUUCCUAAAUGGCAAUGGCCGGAGCUGGAAAAUAACAACAAUCCCACAAAAAGGAUAAGCAUAUAAUUGGAUUAAACGUGUAUGUUCUAACAAAAAUUUUUGUACCCAUUUCUGGUAUUUCUUUUUUGUUUAUCCUGCAAGUUCACUUCUUGUGAUUCAUUAAUAUCGAUCAUUUAUUUUUAGUUAUUUUUUAUUUUUCUCUCAUUCAACAUUUUUUUAUUGGCCCUGGCCAUCUAGAUUCGCUUUUUCCCUGUUUCGACCUCAGAAGCUAGCUCAUUAAUUAGAGUCGGCUCUUCAAUCCAAUUAGUUUCACCAAAAGUCUUUUGUAUUUACAUCGGAUGA